AUAUUACUUUCUUUUAGUCGAACCACUUUCUCUGUUCCCACUUUGCUCUUCAUUUUGAAGCAUAUUCCGGCCGCCGGAGAUCCUUCCUUCUCCGAUCAACCGUUCAGCAAGGAUCACUUCAGUUGGAAUUAGUUGCUAGCAGCAUUUACAAUGUCAGGCAGGAAGGAAACAGUUUUGGAUUUAGCCAAGUUUGUUGACAAGGGUGUCCAGGUCAAGCUCACUGGGGGAAGACAAGUGGCGGGGACACUUAAAGGAUAUGAUCAGUUGCUAAACCUUGUCUUGGAUGAAGCUAUGGAGUUCCUUAGAGAUGUCGAUGAUCCAUUGAAGACCACCGAUCAAUGUCGUCGUCUUGGCUUAAUAGUUUGUAGGGGGACUGCGGUCAUGCUUGUUUCACCCACUGAUGGUACAGAGGAGAUUGCGAAUCCGUUUAUCCAGCCAGAUGGAGCUUAAUUCUACGGUUAAGCCCUUAAUUUCUAGCCUCUGUUAGCAAGUAAAAACAAACCGUUGCAUGUCUCGAGUCAUACAGUUAAAUUCAGUGUGUGAAAUUUGAAACUAUUACGAUCUCUAUUAAGCUUUUGGACAUUUAAUCUUUUCUGUAUUCUGCAUUCUAUUUGCAAAAAAAAAUGUCUUUUUUCUUAA